AUGGAGGAUGAGAUUUAUGAUCAUGUGAGCCAUCAACACCCGCUGGGUCUGAUCCCCGAGUCAGCCCGGAAAGGUAAAUACUCGCAUCUCUGUUAUGGUUGUUGGCGGGUGAUUUUACCCGGAGAGGCAACAUACGGAUGCAGCCUCCGGUGUGGAUUCGAGUGGUUUUUGCACAAAGAAUGCAUGGAAAUGCCGCGAGAGAUUAUGCAUCCUAUCCAUCCUUCACACCCUCUCACACUGGCAGACAUUCAUUCAAAUUCAAAAUUCAAAAAAUGUGCAGUUUGUAAAGGUACAGAAGUGGCAGGGUUAGGCUACAGAUGUAGCCAGGCUUGUGAUGGAUUCUGGAUCCACAUGGAAUGUUCUGAGGGUUUUGAAGAUAAGGAUGAGAAGCAGCCGCCUUUGGCCCACCCAAGCCACCCUCAACAUGAGCUGCGAUUUACCAAGAAAACGAGGUGGUGCCCGUUCCCGUGUGAUGCAUGUGGUGCCACUGAGAAAGGGGACUCCUACAUCUGCACCCUCUGCGACUACUGGAUACACCAGAGCUGCGCACUCCUCCCACCGUCUGCAGACUUCCCUCAUCAUCACCACUCUCUCUCCCUCGCCUUUUCUACUCCACGUCAGUACAUCAUGAAUAAAUUUGAUUGUGGUGUAUGCAACACAACUUUGCCAUUGACGCGUUGGGUGUAUCACUGCCGCCUUUGCAGUUAUGUCGUCCAUGUCAACUGCGCCACCUCCACAUUUGUUGAUGGUGAAAAUGAAGAUGCAAAAGUAAUUGAUGAUGAGAGAGUGGUUACCAAGUUUCCAAUAGCAGUAGAUGACAUGUAUGAUGAGAUGAUCAUACCCUUUGUUAAGCGACAAAGAGGACAAAUUUUCAUCCCUCGUAAUCAUGGCAAGUACAACUUCUCCAAUCACCGUCAUCCACUAACUUUUACCGCAUUUUCUUCAACUUCAUCAUGUUCUUCGUCAUCAUCUCAAGAUCACUACAAAAUGGAUCACGAAGAAUAUGAUGAAGAUGAUUUUGACAGUAUUUUAACAUGUGACGGGUGCACAUUGGCUAUACGUGAAAAGAAGCAAACAGAUGAUGUUGAGUGUGAGAAUGAGAAUGGUUAA